GUCUCUAAGUAGCUGUCUCAAACAGGCUUUUUUGUGGAAUCAAGCGCUGUGAUCUUCAAGUUAUGCAAACUGCAAUGUAAAUGCUUUACUUCUAUGUGGUUGUUUUGGUUAUGUGGAACAGGCAUUAUAGCUAAGGAUUGAUUUAUGCAAUCGUUUUGUUGGUAGAAAAGUGGGAGAAGUUUGAAAUUGUGAUCCCCGACACGAUGACUGAGUGUUUGCGCAAAGCGACUCUCUCGAUGUAACUUUCUUUUUAACAUUUCAGAAAUGGUAGCGUCUCUUUUAUGUUUUAGCUUAUAAUCAGCUGAUAAUCUGCUGAUUUGACACACUGAUUUUUUUUAAAAAAUAAUAGACUUAAAAAAGAAUUUUGUGGAAACAAAAAAUAAUUGAAACAAUAAUUAUUUUUGAGAAAACAAGGCGUAACAAAAAUAAUUAUUUGUUGAAUUGCCACCUUUUUUUAAGACAAAAUAUGGUAUACACAGAUAUUAUCUUGUCUUGGGAAUAAAAAAUAGUUGUCGCUGGUCGUCUAAGACCGCUGGCCAUCAGCAUUAAAAUCAUAAUUUUGAUGCAAAAAUGCAGAUACUUGCGAAGUGACAAGGUUGUGUAAGUUAGCUAGGUGACUGUUGGAUGUAUUCUACUUGAUAUUCGUUGUUAAUUUUGUAAUAAUGACCAGUUCUUUUGAAACGAAUCUAGUAAAAUGUAAAGUGUUAUCUGAAUUUUCUUCUAAAUGAUUUAAAGAAUGUACAGAAAUGGAAUUAUUCUGCUUCUUGGUCGAAAAUUGUCCUCAAGAAAAAGUCUACCAAUUGUAACUAUGUUUUCAAAGGCUGAAGGAUGCUCAUUAUGUGAUGAUGCAAAAGAGGUUAUGAUGAAGUUUAAAAAAAAAUUUAUAUACGAAGAGGUGGACAUCACAGCUAAUGGAAACCAGAAAUGGUUUAAUAAGUAUAAAUAUGACAUACCUGUCAUCCACAUAAAUAACCAGGAAGUUAUGAGACACAAAGUGUUCGAAAAACCAUUUUUAGAAGCUUUAAAACAAGCUGAAUCAAGAAUCAGUUAAUAUUCGGUUGGAACAUGUUAUGACUCAUCUCACUGCAUACCACAGGCCUCCCACAUGUCCUGUAUUACCUGUAUUUCCUGUAUUUGGCAAAAGUGUCCUGUAUUGUCCUGUA